GCUGCAAAUGAGAAGCAAAAGAGAAAGCAAGAGAGGCGCCGUACAUAUAUAGGACAGGAAGAUGCUUUAACUAUUGAAGAAGGGAUAGAUCGUGUACGAAGAGCUAAUGAAGAGGAGAGUAGGGUGGUUGAGGUUACUGAGGAAAGACCACAAAAACGUGCUGCACUUAGUUACAUGGAAGAACAUGCAUACUGCGUACUUGGCUCAACAAAUAGCAGCAAUGGUUCUUGGAGAAUGAUAGAAUGGUUCCUGCAGAAGCUACAGGAUGAUGCCUGUCUACAGAGUGUCUGCUGCGCGGAGAACUUUUCCACCGCUUUCGCCGAGCACGGACAAGCAACGUCGCCAACUGCCGAUCCGAUGUCGCGGCGAUGA